GCAGAUAAUGCUUAACCAUGCCGACACUUACAACGAGACUGCCAUUUAGUAGAGCUAGCUCUACAGACGAGCCUACAGCUACCAUUCACCAUCGGGUCCUCCCAUUGCAAUCGACAACGGUGCCUGGUAUGCCUACCGAAAACGAUGGUAUGGAUAUGGCCCUGGAAUCAAGUGGUGCGACGUCUUCCGCUAGCUCUAUUCCCAUUAUCUCCGAGGGCGCUCAAGCGGGCAUGUCAAUCAGUAUGACACUAUGCCUUUUGGGAGUUGUAGGCGGGUGUAUCGUGCUGUACUGGUGUAAAUUGAGGAAAUGGAGGACUAGUGACGAUGAUGGCGGGGAUUCGAGGCCCAGUCCUCCGGGUGACGACCCCUCGUCAGAUAAACCGGAGCUCGAAGGAAGCUCUACGGCUCAGGCGAGAGGGGCGAUACCGAAGGCAGAGCUUGACGUGGGAACUUCGAGGGCAGAGUUGGGUAGUUCUGAACCCGAAUCACGGCAUGGAACCGUCAGCCUACUCAACGGCCUCAGUUCGGAUCCGGCAGGGAGUGAUCCGCGACAUAAGAACGCCUUUGAGGUGUCGGGGUGA